AUGCGCCUUGCUCCGCCAGUGCUAGUCAACAACGGCACCGGUCGCGUUCAGAAGACUCGUGGUCGCAAAGCCACAGCCACUACGUUCAACGCUGCCGUGCUCGAGAAGGCCAUCAAGGCUGCCCAGGACGGCGAAACUGACUCGUCGUCUCACCUCACCAGAACACCGACGAGCGAAAGCAAUAUUGCGUCAAAUGCAUCAAGUGCGAGCUCGACGCCACGAUUACCUCCAUUGCAGAAAGAUGCCGAAUCAAUCAUCCCCGCAAUCUCCGCUCCAAAUUCACGGCCUGCUACUUCCCAGGGCACCACCUCCAGCUGCUGCAAGCCCAAACCUGUACAAGCGCAAGCUGGAAGUUGCUGCAGCAACAAAGCCGCUCCACCGAUCCAGCCGACACCACCGAAGAAGUCCUGUUGCGGGGGUUCUGCCCCUGCUCAACCAGCGCAAUCACAGAUGCCACAGCCUCACUUGCCGUCGGAUUAUCCACAGCAUCUACCGAACUUCCCUCAGUAUCCGGCGCAAUUUCAGCAUUCUCCUUACGGCAUGCCACACCCUGGGAACAACUUCAUGCAGACACCACCGCCGUUCAACUUCAACACUCCGAUAUACAACCAUAUGGCAUCCGGUUACCAGCCACCAGUGUCCUUGCCCAUGACAACAUUGAACGGACACGUCGCGCAUCACAAUCCGGAGCACAACUGCCAUUGUGGCGAUACUUGCAGCUGUUUUGGCUGCGCAGCUCAUCCGAAUAACGCUACCAUGAUCGAGUAUGUCCGAUCGAUGCAUCAAUUCAUGAGCACGGGCCAAUUUGGCGCGAUGCCUCCGCCAAACUACGAUAUGCCAUCUUACCCUCAUCAGCCGGGGUACGGCGCCGAAGCUAACAUCGCUUUCAACCCCAUACAAGCGAACUACCCUACGAGCCAGAUGGGUUUCCAGCCAAGCAUGAACACCAUGCACAUGCAGCAUCCACCAAUGAACCUACCAGGCCCGUGGCCUCAGACUCCCACGCCGGGCUCGAUACAUAAUCCUCAAACGACAGCGACAGCAUUACUCGAAAACAACAACACUUCUAGCAGCGCACCGACAGCUCAAAGCAAGGAGUCUUCCCUACCACUAAAGGUUGAAGAGCAGAUACACAGUCCCACCUUUACCGACAGUCCAAGCGAAGGCAAAGAGGAGGACACUGUCACUCUAUCGCCCUCAACAUUCCUCUGGCAAGAAAUGGUGCUACCAGGGUGCAACGACGCGACAGGCACUUGCCAGUGUGGCGACGGUUGCGAGUGUGUUGGUUGUUUGACGCACGGUGGACACAACGGCGUGAUCCUGGAGAUGAUGGAAAGCAACGAUCAGGAUGGCUUUCCUGAUCUUGCUACCCCGACAGACGCCAAUUCCUCGACCCAUUUUGCGGAAUUUACGACUGCGCCGACUUGA